AUGGAUAGUGUCAUAUCCUGGAAACGCCUAUGUCUAUUCCUCAUUGCCCUUUUAUGCUUUCAGUCGACGUUGAACUUCCUUGGAAAGUCGGACUAUGAGGUCCUCUUUGCCGCAGAAUGUACGGCCAACUUCCCUGACCUAUACUACGAAAUCGACCGAGCGGUCAAAUACUGGCACGACCGCAAGCACACAAUCACAGCCGAAGACGUCGACAUCUCCUGGCGCAACGAUGCAGCCGUACGAAUCUUGAUCCACGAAAACGAGCUCCGCAUCCUCGAGACGAAAGGAACCUUCGACAACCAAGGCUACCGCAUGCGAACGCUUUCAGUACUGAGCAUGCUCCAAGAAGCCCUCCUCAGCGCCUCUGCCGGCGGAGAGCGACUGCCCACCAUCGAAGCCGCCAUCGUGGUCGACGACAUGUCGCUCCUCUCAGGCGGACCAGACGACACGCGGUCGAUCUGGACCUUCACGUCCAACAUCCAUGAUGAAAGUCAUCGGCGGCAUUGGCUGAUUCCGGACUUCAGUAUGUACAGCGCUCGCGGGACUGGGUCGUGGAGGGAUAUGAGGAGGAGGGCGAUGGAGUUCGAUGCGCCGUUUAGUGAGAAGCUGCCGAGGGUGGUUUGGAGGGGUGUGAGGUGGACAAAUGAGGGAGUCAGGGGCUCGUUGUUGGAUGAGACCGAGGGUGAGGACUGGGCGGAUGUUAAGGUUGUUGAUUGGGAGACGAGGGAGAAUAUGAUGGCGCAGGAUGAGAUGUGCCGCUACGCCUUCACAGUCCACACCGAAGGACGUAGCUACUCCGGCCGCCUCCCCUUCCUCCUAAACUGCAACUCCCUCCCCCUAAUCCACGACCUCGACUGGACAACCCACUUCUACCACCUCCUCAUCAGCAGCGGCAAAAACCAAAACUACGUGCCCGUAAAACGCUCCUUCAUCGACCUCCCCAAAACCCUCCACCGCUAUCUCGCGCACCCGGACGAAGCGCAGCGGAUCAUCAAUAAUUCUGUCGCGACGUUUCGGGAGAAGUAUACGUCGCCGGCGGCGACGAGUUGUUAUUUUCGGAGGUUGAUUGGGGGUUGGGGGAAGGUAUCUUUUGAGCCGGGGGUUUUGAGGAAUGGGAGUGAGGUCCGGAGACGGGGGGUGUCGUUUGAGGAGUUUGUGCAUGUGGAGGGGGAUUAUAGAGGGGGUUGA